AUGGAUCUUACCGACAUCCCGUUCAACGUGCCUGUGAUCCUCUGGUCGUUCUUUCGCCAAAAGACCCUGCAGAGCCCUUUCGGCACCAAGAAAGCGCACUGCCUGACCGACAACCGCGACUUCUACGAGCAAAUGAUCUUACGUCGUGUCCGUGACGAUAAGGUCGCCAUCCAGUCCGUUCACAAUGGGCGCUACCUUCAAGUUCGCUCAAGCGGGGAAUGCGUCUUCGACUCGAAAGAGCCUGGAGAGCGUGAGUUCUUCACGAUGGAGACGCACUCGAACUACUUCUGCUGUGCUCUGUACUUCGUGUCGUGCAACACGGGACUCGUCCUUCAAUGCGAUGAGAACGAUGUCGUCAAGUGUGCGAACCAAUUGCGCGAAGUUUGCGAGGCCUGGAGGAUCGUGGAGCCCCGUACAAGCACUGCCCCAACUACCACCGCACUGCAGCGAGUUGGCAGCCAACGCUACGUUCUGGCCGAAGAAGAUCGCCAGCGUGUAGUCGAGGAGCUCGCUGGACGCGGAAAGACUCCAGAGGAGAUCGAGCAAAUCGUCAUGAUAGUCGUUGAUGCUCCUGUGGCUACCGCUUCGACCUCACCUCUCGUCGUACCAGUCUACAAGGCGUAG